AUGCCCGAGGAGGACGACGACGGAAAGAAGGGCGGCAAGGACGACGCAAAGAAGGGUGGCAAGGAUGACAAAAAAGGAAAGGACGACAAGAAAGGCGGCAAGGACGACAAGAAGGACAAGGGCAAGGACGACAAGAAGGACAAGGGCAAGGAGUCCAAGAGCCCCAAGAGCGGCAAGGGAUCGGGCAAGGGUUCGGGCAAGGGUUCCGCUAAGGGAGGAUCGCCAAAGGCACCCGCCUCGGCGCCGCCGCCCAAGGAAGACAAGUCCGAAAAAUCCGACAAAUCCGAGAAGUCCAAGAAGAGCGAAGCCUCCGAGAAGACCGACGUCUCCGAGGCUUCCGCCGAGUCCAAAAAGAGCGUCGGCAAGGGCUCCAAGGCCAAGAAGCCGUCGGGCCCCUACAAGGCUCCCGAGCCGUCGGAGACGAUGCGCAGGGCCAUGGCCGACGCGGGUCCCGUGUACGCCGAGCGAUACUUCAACGACGAGUACGAGGACGAGGACGAGAUGCGCAACUACGUCGAGGUACAGGUGUACGAGCGCUGCCCUUCCGGUAUGAACGUUGGAGAACGGUCGACCCCAGGCAGAGGAGUGCAACACCAGCGGGGACACACAUACUACACGAAUGCGCCGCCGACCCGCCGCCAGUCGCGCCCGCAAAACGAGGGAAGGCCACCGCCGUUGCAGCAGCGAAUUGAGCGGCGAGUAAGCGCGGCGAGCCAGCGCCAGCUGGUCUUCGACGGCCAAAACAUGUCCGAGAGCCAGGAGGGCUCGUACUACGAGUACGAGGAGCGCAGCCCACCUCAAGCAACGCCAGGACGUCGUGCCAGUCGCGAUCGUUACUCGGGUCAACAGAUGGAUCCCUACGCAGGUCCCCACCGGCUGGAUCGCCGCUCAAACCACCAGCUGGAUCGCCGCUCAAGCCACCACAUGGAUCGCCGCUUAAGCCACGAGCAGAAUCGCCGCUCAAGCCCCGAGCAGGAUCGCCGCUCAGGUCAUCACAUGGACCGCCGCUCAGGUGGGGUUUCGCGACAAGGUUCGCAACAACUCUGCAUAACGCCAAUCGCCGUGGUGGUCGACGUGAUGAACUUGGACAACCCCGACGACGAGGGUCGCUUGCGCGCUUUUCCCUGUACUCGAGGGAGCUCGAGAGAACGGAUGUGA